CGGGGGCACCCUGUUAAUUAUCGUCCACACGGGGCAGCACUGCAGCAGGCAGGGACGCGUGCUGGUGUUGAAGUGGCCGUAACUAACCGCCUUGCCUUCCUCCUUUCUCUCCCGAUCCCGGCCCCAUCAUCGUCAGACAUAUAGCUUGUUGCUACAAGCUACAGGUUUAAUUCUGCCCGCGUGCACUCGCGCGCAAUAUAGCUAGCCUCGUCCCUUAUUGUCUCGAUCGUUGGUUAAUUGUACGUGGAGAGGGGCCGAAGCGCGCGCGGUUCCGGGCGAUGGGUUUCCCUUCCUUGCUCGCGCUUCUUCUCGGCCUCUGCGCCGCUGCCGGCUCGUUCUCGGCGGCGCUUUCGCCGCCGCCGGUGACGAUGCACGAGAGCUUCGCGGGGAAGUCGGAGUUCAGGACGGUCAACCGCAGGCCGCUGGAGGCGUGCCUGAACCCGAGCCCUUACCUGUCGAUCAAUGUCAGCACCGCCGGGCCGCUCCCCGACGAGGCAUUCAUCAACGUGACCAUCGGCGGCGUCCGCAGGCCCGACGGCUCGCACUGGGUCGCCAUGAUCACGCCUUCAAACUCCAGUGUUUUCGGAUGUCCUCUGAGCGGCGUGAACUAUAUCGAGACUGGCGACCUAGCAAGUCUCCCUCUAUUGUGCCAUUACCCUGUCAAGGCCCAGUUCGUGAAGAGCGACCCGAACUACCUGGGCUGCAAGAACGCGGCUUGCCAGAAGCGCAGCGCGUCGGGGGCCUGCCAGGUCCAGACCUGCGGCGCCACCCUCACCUUCCACGUCAUCAACUUCCGCACGGACGUCGAGUUCGUCUUCUUCUCCGGCGGGUUCCAGACGCCAUGCGUCCUCAAGCGGUCGGGCGUCCUCCGCUUCGCCAACCCCGCCAAGCCGCUGCACGGCCACCUCUCCAGCACCGACUCCACGGCCACCUCGAUGAGAAUUACGUGGGUGAGCGGGGACGGGCGGCCGCAGCAGGUCCAGUAUGCAGGGGGCAGGUCUGCCGCUUCCGUGGCCACGACGUUCACGCAGAAGGACAUGUGCAGCGUUCCCGUGUUGCCGAGCCCUGCCAAGGAUUUCGGGUGGCACGACCCCGGUUACAUCCAUUCGGCCGUCAUGACCGGACUCCAGCCUUCACAGUCCUACGACUAUCGCUACGGAAGUGAUUCUGUGGGUUGGAGUGACACUACAAAGUUCAGAACACCUCCUGCUGCAGGAUCAGAUGAGGUGUCCUUUGUGAUCUAUGGUGAUAUGGGGAAGGCUCCACUGGACCCAUCAGUGGAGCACUACAUUCAGCCAGGGUCAAUCUCCGUUACCAAUGCAGUGGCCAAAGAGAUGCAAACCGGGAAGGUGGACUCGAUCUUCCACAUAGGAGACAUCAGCUAUGCCACAGGGUUUCUGGUCGAGUGGGACUUCUUCCUUCACCUCAUCACGCCGCUCGCUUCUCAGGUCUCCUACAUGACCGCCAUCGGCAACCACGAGAGGGACUAUGCAGGGUCUCGGUCUGUGUAUGUGACCCCGGAUUCGGGCGGAGAGUGCGGGGUUGCCUACGAGUCGUACUUCCCCAUGCCUGCCGUUGGCAAGGACAAGCCAUGGUACUCCAUCGAGCAAGGGAGCGUCCACUUCAUUGUCAUGUCGACCGAGCAUCAGUGGUCAGAGAAGUCUGAGCAAUACAACUGGAUGGACGAAGAUUUGUCGUCGGUUGAUAGAUCCAGAACUCCAUGGGUAAUCUUCAUUGGGCAUAGACCAAUGUAUUCUUCCAUUCAAAGCAUACUGCCCAGCGUGGACCCAAACUUUGUCGCGUCUGUCGAGCCACUCUUGCUAAAUAACAUGGUGGAUCUGGUUUUCUUUGGCCAUGUGCACAACUACGAGAGAACCUGUGCCGUCUACCAGGGCAAGUGCAAAAGCAUGCCAAAGAAGGAUGCGAAUGGAAUCGACACCUACGACAACAGCAACUACACCGCACCGGUCCACGCCAUUGUUGGAGCAGGGGGGUUCAGCUUGGACGGCUUCUCUAGUAUUAAUCGGAAGAGCUGGAGCGUAUCGAGGGUUUCAGAAUUCGGUUAUGCCAGGGUGCAUGCCACAAGAACCGAUGUGUUGGUUCAGUUUGUAAGCUCGAGUACGAUGGAGAUCCAGGAUCAAUUUAGAAUUGUGAAAGGAGGCAGGUGAUCUAACACUAUCUACAGCUCAAGACAAAACAAGGAAAAUAAGGGGAAUUUAGGACUAGUUUUCUUUUAUUUGCUAUGAACUGAAAAUACUAAGUAGAGGCUGAGUUACAUCUUACACAUCAAUGUAUAGCUUUUUUUGACGAUCAUGUAUAGCUUUUUAUAGCUGUGUACACGUUACUAUAAUAAAAAAAGUUGCUCCUUCCAUACCAA